CAGCGUGCGAUCUCACACAUUAUUAUUGGACCAGAGGCAGAAAAAAAUGAGCAAUCAGGAGAUAAUCACUCUAAAUGUGGGAGGUAUGAAGUUUAGUACAUCUCCGUCCACCCUGAUGAGAUUUCCAGAGUCCAGGCUAGCACACAUGCUGGACGGCAGCGAUCGGGAAUUUAGGGUUGUAAAUGGUCAGUAUUUUGUAGACAGAGAUGGCACUUUAUUCAGUUACAUCCUGGAUUACUUGAGGACAUCUCAGCUGUCCCUACCUUCUAAAUUCUCAGAUUAUGAGCGACUGCAGAGAGAAGCAGAAUUUUACCAGCUGGCAAGCCUGGCCGAAACGCUGGGUCAGGAGUCCUUCUACCGCCCUAGAAUGGAAAUCUUGGAGGUGCGUUUUCUGCUGCAGGAAUCCCAUGCCUUUUUCCGCCUGUUUUGUUCAUGCAGCAGCACUAUUGAGAUGUUGGCAGGCCGCAUAUUAAUGUAUGUAGAGCAGCCCAUUGGGGGUCAAGGAUGGAACUUCCCCUUUACUUCACAGAAACCUCUGGCUUCGGUUCCUCUUCAGAGACCUUCACACCAUGACCUUGUCUUCCAGUGUGGAACAGACUACUCCACUGGAGACCAGUUUGGAGCCAGGUAUGUGUCCAUACAGCCUGAUCAAAGGAAACUGCUAAAUGGAACCAAUGUGCUUGGACUGCUGCUUGACAUCUUACUGAAGGAGGGAUUCUGCCUAAUAAGCACACGGUCUGUAGCAUCCGAAGAAAAGGUGGAAUGCUACACGUUCCAGAGGAAGAAAAGACCAGAGGUUCUUAUGAUUAACGAAAGUACCAAAGAAAACACUACAACAUCUGUCCAAGUAAAACCAAGCAAAUCAAACAAAAAGAGAUAAUGAAUGGAAAGCAGUUUUAGAAUACAGACAGAAAUGUAAAGUUCAAGAGGACCAGGCUGGAUCUCACUUACUGAUUUUGAGCAGUGUUUAUAAAAGUAAGGGACUUGUUAUUCAGGGACCAAUACACAGCUACAUCUUCUACCAAUGGCAAGCCUUGUCUAUUUUUUCUAUUUUAC